UCUUAAACAUUCAACGAUUGGGGGAAAAUAUGGAUAAGUAGGUUCUCUAUAUAUCUCCAUGAAUGGAUUGAUGGAUGCCUCUCGCAAAACCUAUCCGAUGGAAGAGCCUAAUGUCGUUCGAUACCCGAUCAUUCAUCUCCAUGAUUACGAACCCAAAUUCCUUACUCCCAAGGUUUCUGAAGAUGUAAAUGAUCACAACGAAAUCAACGAUAUAGGAGAAAAUUCUGACCUUUCUAAAGAAGAAAAUUCGGUUCUUGAAGUGGAAAAAACAGAUACUAAUAAAGAUCAGUUUUUCUAUUACGACCCACCCUUAACCGAAGACACUGGAGUUUGGAUUCCUGUUUCCAUUCCACCAAUGUCAGAAUCACAAAGAGAAGAAUGGAAUCGAGGUCUGGGAAUCAAUCCAAACCAAUUCGACAACAACAUGGAAUGGGAUGAUUUUGUCAACGAAGACAAGGAAUUAACACUAUGGGAUGUCGUUCUUGAUAUGUUACUUGCAGCUCAAGGCAAAGUGAGAUCAAUCACUUCAGGCGAUACAUAUGCUUAUCAAAUUUCAUGGUUAUCAGAUCAACUUCUAGAACGUACAUGGAAAGAAGUUUCUAAUAAUCUUACAGAAGUCAAUGCUGAUACAAUUAAGGAGCUUCUAGAAGCCGAGCCACCAAAAUGGCUGGCUGAUAGUGCAGCUUCUUAUUGUAUGCUUUGUAACGUGAGAUUCCACCCUAUAAUGUGCUCAAGGCAUCAUUGUAGAUUCUGUGGGGGUGUGUUUUGUAACGAGUGUUCAAAAGGAAGGAGUUUAUUGCCUGAAAAGUUUCGUAAAGGGGACCCACAAAGAGUUUGUGAUGUGUGUUGUGUGAGGCUUCAGUGUGUGCAAGUGUACUUAAUGGACCGAGUUAGCCGUGCAGUACAGGUGGCGACACGUGAUUUGACGGAUCUUAGUACUUUGAGAUCUUGGCUUAAUUUCCCCUGGGGGCAAAGUAUGGAACAAGAAAUUUAUAAAGCUGCAAAUACGAUUCGAGGUUACUUUAAGGUUGGAUCUUUGACACCUGAAAAAUCAAUACCGGAUUCUAUUUUAAAACAAGCGAAAGGGCUUGCGAUUAUUACGGUUGCAAAAGUUGGAAUGAUGGUGACUUACAAUGUGGGUACGGGUUUAGUUAUUGCCCGUAGAGAAGACGGAUCUUGGUCUCCACCAUCUGCUAUUUCUUCAUUUGGUAUGGGUUGGGGAGCUCAGGUUGGAGGGGAGUUUACUGAUUUUAUAAUUGUGCUAAGGAAUUGUGAUGCGGUCAGGACAUUUGGUGGAAACGCACAUUUAUCGGUUGGGGCAGGUGCAAGUGCAGCUGCUGGUGUUAUUGGACGGGCAGCUGAAGCUGGUUUUCGGGCAGGUGAUGGUGGAUAUGCUGCUUGCUAUACUUACAGUUGUAGUAAAGGUGCUUUUGUUGGGUGUUCAUUUGAAGGAAGCAUGGUGACAACACGUGUGCAAGAAAAUUGCAAAUUUUAUGGAAACCCAUCAAUAAAAUCAUCCGAUAUUCUUCUUGGGACAUUACCUCGACCUCCUGCGGCUGCGAUCCUCUACAAUGCGCUCUCGGAGUUGUAUAUGAAAGUAAAUAAAUAAUUUUUAUUUCUUUAAAAAAAUUGGCAUUCUUUGUUUUGUUCUUGACAAAGUCUUGCUUGUAUAGCAAAAGAACCAUUUGGGGGUAUUAGAUUCAUUUGGAUUAUUUGUGAAUGCAUUUGAAACCGAUUGAUUUGUUUGUUUAUAUGCAAAACUAUUGAUUUAUAAGAUGGUG